GGUGAGCUGGCUGCCUUUAAUGACUCUGGGGCUCCUCCUCCCGUGCAGGGAGCCUGGAGUCAGGUAGGAGAGUCAGAGAGGAAGGGGGGAUUUUCCACAAGACGUGUUCAAAUUAGUCAAAAUAUGAAGUUUGGUGAGAGUUUAUCUGUGUUUGAGAGAAAUAAGUCCCUGUCUGCAUGUAAAUUAGUUAACCAAUUCACCAUGCAAACAAGAAAUCUCUCUCUCUCCCUGUCUCUCUCUUUCUUGUUGGCAAAAAUAGAUGACCCAGAAGAAAUUUCAAUUACUUGUCAAUAAGAAUUUGAUAAUGACUCCAAACCUUACACUGACCUUGUUCAUAUGGUCAUACGGAAAAUGAUGUCCAACCUGCUUUCCUGCUUUCCUCUCAUAGCCCCAAUGAAAUAAGCGACAGUCCAAACAGUAAGUGCAAUAGUUCAAAUGUCACGUCUGGACAGAGGACGUAAAUUCAGCCGUAACUACUUUAAACCUUUAAAAUACCAGCCCAAUCACUUCUAUUUUACCGCUAGAGAUAGCUCUGGCUUUCUCCCGAAUUGUCUCUUCUGCCCGAAUUGUCUCUUCUGCCAAUUACACUUUAAAAGGAGCAGAAGUUCCUUGCAGGACGUAUUUUAAGGGUACGUUACCGACAGUCCCCGAAGUACCGCGAGACGAUGCAUCACAGUGCUGUGAGCCUGAAGGUUUCCACGUUGUCGCGGGACUUCCUGGGUUGCUUAGCGACCGGACUCGAAUCCCACCAGCAGAGCCUAGUGUUGGUCCUUUCUGGCUUUCAAAGCCAAAUUAAUGGAAGGAGUGGAAGAAUUUCUCAUAUUAACUCUGUUAAUGUUUUAAAUCGACGGGCUGACUUUGCAAACUCGUAACUUGAAAUCAAAAAUGGCUGCUGUUGUAGCACAGCCCCACUUUAUUUUCGGUGUCAGGACAGGUGUGAGUAACAAUUUAAGUUUUACGGAUGAACAAACUGUCGUGUUUCCGAGUGGAAACAGCUGUGUCUGCUAUAACACUGUGCAAAAUCUCCAGCGGUUCAUUCCAGGUAAGAUGAAUAACUGUUUUUUAUGGUCUUUUAUCGUGCCUUUUGAGAUACUCCGAUUAUUUCCCGUAUAAACCCAGCUGCUGUGUUUCCUUUGGUAAAUUAUCUGGAAAAAGUGAAAUAAGCUUAAAGCAAGUUUUGUUAGUUGUUUGCUGGUAGUCUAACUACAAUCACAUUGUGCAUAUUUUGCAAAUGAACUUAAUUAGACACCACAUUUAUCUGCCACCAUCUUCUGGUCUGUUAUUUACAGUGAUGUUGUGUCUACAGGUUCAGAGAAAAGCCAGGGCAUGCAUGCUCUGGCUGUCAGCGCCAACCGGCGUUACCUGGCAGUGUCAGAGAGUGGCGAGAGGGCCACUAUCACAGUGUUUGACCUGCAGUAUGAACAGGGCAGAAGAAGAAAAGUCCUCACCACAGGAGAAUUGCUGGUUCAAGAGUUUGUGUGUAUGGCUUUCUCUCCUGAUUCUAAGUACCUUAUAGCCCAAACUGGUGGCCCGGAUUGGAUGCUGUUUUUCUGGCUUUGGGAAAAGCAGAAAGUCUUGGCAACGGUGAAGACGAGUAACUCAAGCAAUCCCGUUACCCAGGUGAGUCAAACAUGCAGUAUCAAUGCAGCCAUGUCUCCUUUAACAUACGGGCAUGCACGCACUGAGCGAGUUCUCCUGUAUCAUUUAUGUCCUAUCAGGUCAGCUUCAACCCCUACAACAACAUGCAGCUCUGUGUGAGUGGAACCGGUGUGUUCAAGCUUUUCCGAUACUCAGAGGGAGCCCUGAAACAGAGCAGCUUCCCAAAGGUGGAGUCCAUCAACUUCCUGUGUCAUGCCUGGAUGACAGCAGAGCAUGUGAUGGCAGGAACAGACACAGGCAGGCUGCUGAUGUUUGAGUCUGGGGACCUCAGAAGAGAGAUCAACUUGGCCUCUAAGGCUGUGCAAGAUCAGUCCGACAGGUCAGAGCAUUGACCACAUAAGAUUUUCACAAAUAUAAUCAAUCACUUUUUUUCAUCUUAUCUGAGUAUCUUAGUCUUAGCUCCACUUGUUAGUCAUCAAUGUGUGUCCUGGUACGUAUUUUUCUACGGUAAAUGAUAAAGGUUGAAAUGAGCUGGUAGAUUUUGUGUUGUCAGAGUAUAUUGAAAUCCUGUUGUCAGCUUCCUUCACUGUGCAAACUUUGCAUUAUAUAUCAAUCAUCGAAGUGGGCCUUGACUGAUCUCUGUUUUUGCAGAAGCUCACUGUUAUAAAUUGUGUUAAUUUGCUACUCAGGCACCCACAGGUGAGGAAGAUCGGAGACACUGAUGUGAGUGAAGAUCCCAGCGUACCUCAUAUCACAGCCAUUGUGUCGUACUCAAAGGGUUUUGCCUGCUCCUUUGGGCCCGGCACUGUCUACCUUUUUGAAAAGAAUGAGGAGGAUGGUUACAAAAGAAUCAAGGAGAUAAAGGUACAUUUUUAGGCUGCAAUACCACAAAAAGCUCUGUGUAUGUUCAUAAAUAUACAUGUGUACAUUUUUCUGUUAGAUCCCUUCAGACCCAAACUGCAGUGAGAUGACCCCAGCUGAAUGCCAGGUGAUUGACACAAUGUGCAUCAGUCCAGCAGAGAAGACUCUUGCCAUCAGCACAAACAGAGGACAGCUCUACAGCUACAGCCUGUCCACCGUGGAAGAGAGCAAGGUAUAACAAUCACACCUGCCAGUAGUAACGCUGACUUCAUUUCCAACAUCAAAAGAGAUGAAAAUGACCUCCAUUUAAGUCUCAUCAAAGAGGCUUGAUCUCUGAAUCCUCCAGGUGACUGUGUUCUGUUUUUCUUUAUUAGGGGCACCAUUUCGAGUUCCUGUCCCAGUCCUUUCAUUCGAAAUCUAUCACUGGGUUGUCCAUCUGUGUUCGAAAACCCCUCAUCGCCACCAGCUCGCUGGAUCACUCUGUUCGCAUCUGGAACUAUAAAACAAAGUAAAAGACAAACCUUGGUCAUGACGUCUCUGUCAAGUGUUUUUAACCCUCGUGCAGCCUAAAAGGUUUUGUUACUCCACCCAUGUUUCCGGGUCUGGUGGACUCACUACAUCAAAGGUUUCUAAAUCAGCACAGCCAAAUUUAGGUAAAAAACACAGGUACUUAUGUUAACUUAGGAACCCCUCGUGUUGGAUCAAUUUUAUUAAUAAAAAUGCAACAAGUUUUUUAGCAUAAAAUGAAUAUGUCGGUCUACACGACAGGAGCCUCAACGAACAGAUAUAGUAUCUUUUUCAGCCUUUUAUGCCAGUCUAUGUAACACGUGAGGGGCACAGCUUCAAGGUGUGUGUGUGUGUUACAUCUGUAUUUCUUGCACUUGAUGCACGUAUACUGAGUCUGCCUGUCUGUCUUCGGUCCACUUACAGAGCAGCAACUUUUUGUGUUGCUACUGGCUGCAGCCCAGAAUGAGUACAAUACAAAGAUCUGUAAUUUUGCAGAUCUUAAACCCCCAUCCAUCCUCCUCCUGAAUCCUUCUUAAAAUGACUGCAGAGGCUGGGAUUCCGUAAGUGUUCUUGGGAGAUGAUGCCUUCUCUGGAUUUGAAGUCUCACCAAUACCUUUCCCAGCUCCUCAAGAUAGAGGAGCUUCCUACUGUUUCAGUCUGGGUUCAGUGCCAAAAGAAUUAUAUGAUGAUAUGUUGAAAAUAUAUAUAUUGAAAAAUAUCUCGAGUGGCCAACAUAGAAUCCUAGCCUGGCUGGGCCAUCCUGUUGCGUGAAUCACUUGCCGUUCCUUCCCACAACAGUCUGGACUUCGGCGCAUUGGGAGCGUGUAUUAGCGAUCAGAAAAUAACCGGGCCAAGCAGCGACUGUGUUUCCACUGUUCCCCGGACAACAGGGAAAGGCAGCCCCCGAUUGGUCCAUGUGUAGAUGGUGACGUCUAACACAUGCUGCGGGACUUUUCAAAGCGCCGUUCAUUCAGAACGCCGUUAAUUCUGCAGUUGACUUUGCAAAGUCGGUAGAAAUCGUUUAUAUCCGACGUCUUCUGCGGAUCCUGCUUUUGCAGCUGCAGCCAGUCACCAUCUUGUCCAUGUUGUCAAAUCAUUUCUUGGGUCCUCAAAGCUGUGUAUUUGUUAAACGUGUCCCCAAUUUUUACCUGGGUUAGAGUAUAAAAAAAUAUACCACGGUUCCCACAAGAGAGAGGAUGAAGUGUGUUGGAUUGAGGGAUUAGAAAGGUGCAUGUUGAGGCUUCAUGAAUAAACACACACUCUUAUUUUCAAACGUACACACACAGACACGCACACAAACAUAGCAGGCCCAGCAGGGAGAAGGACAGGUCCAGCAAUCAAGUGGCACAGUUGAUCUAACAUGAAACAAGACAGCAAGUCUCUGUUCAGUGUUUUUUGUAUCCAUAAACACCAAAUGGCUCUAAAUGUAGAUAGAUAGAUGUAGAUACAAAGCAUGGCAUGCUAAAAGUAAUUGUGCCUCUUACCAUGGAUUGUCACCAGAGUGUUGGAGCUGUACAAGGAGUUCCAGGAGGAGGCCUACAGUGUUGCUCUGCAUCCCACUGGCCUCUUCAUCCUGGUGGGCUUCUCAGACAAACUCCGGCUGAUGAACCUGCUGAUUGAUGACAUCUGCACAUUCAAGGAGUUCACUGUGCGCGGCUGCAGAGAGGUGAGGCAUGUGUUUUGAUCAUCACAGCCACACGAUUCACUUCUCUGCUCUGAGCUUUUGUUUGAUCUCCUCUCCCCACCCUUUAGUGUGCUUUUAGCCAUGGUGGACACAUGUUUGCAGCUGUCAAUGGAAACGUCAUCCACAUCUACUCAACCCUUUCUUUUGAGAUUAUUAUCAACCUCAAGGGCCACAAUGGAAAGGUGAGUUAUGCAGACAAUUAGCAGUGAGUAAAUUUUUGCUAAUUUUUAUUUUUGCUCUUACAGUUUUAUGAUUGCUUUUGUAUUAUAUUGUAUUGUAUUUUGGCUCGGAAACAGACCUGGGUACUAAUUUCAUACCAUAAACUGUAAUGGGGCGCUCACACCAAGCGCAAGUAAAAUCAUCUACUUGUUUGAUCUUCACAAUCUAUACGCGUGAAUGAAUAGUAUUUACUCACGGUAAUUUCAACGUUAAUCCCUGCCAAUUCAACCAGCUGGAUCAGGUGAUAGACAAAGGGUUUUUUUUACAAAUUACCAGGUAAUCCGACCUCCUCAUGCACUUGCCUCCCUCCAGGUGAGCUCCUUUUUAUUCUGGUUUCGGUAAUUGAAAGAAAAGGUAUCAUGUAAUUCGGGGCACCCAUACUCCGACACGAUCAGUUUGUCCUACAUUUUCGAUACCAGUGAACAACAGUCCGUUUUAAUACAUCACCCGGCAACCUUCAUGCUGAUUAGUUAGCGCAACGCAAAUAUCUGCCCAAGUUUAGACAUUUUCAGCUUCCGCCCAAUUUGCGUCAUUCGCGCCGCCAGAGGAGUAGGAAUGUCAAAUCGCGUCAUUGCAUUGACUCAACAUGUAAUUCAUUGGUGCGAAUAAUUUUACUUGCGCUUGGUGAGUGGAGACAGUAAAAGGUGUGGGGUAUAACAAUAAAGUUCUUUGAAUCCUUCAAAAAAAAGAGUUUUGCUGCGGUCAACAUAACUUUUCAAAAAGAAAUAUUAAUGAACAGACUUUGUUUGCAGGUGCAUGGUGUCGAAUGGAGACAGGAUGACAGCCAGCUUGUUUCAUGUGGGGUAGAUGGUGCAGUGUAUGAGUGGAACAUCCAAACUGGCAAGCGUGAGUCUGAGAGUGUCCUCAAGUCCUGCAGCUACACUGGUGUUGCCUUCUCUGCAGACUACAAAACCAUCCUAGCUGUGGGAACAGACCUCACGCUAAAAGAGAUCCAAGAUUGUCAGGUCAGAAACGACACACUACAUACCAAACAUUUUCAAAAGAAGCUGCUACGAGCAGAAGGUUUAAGUGGAGCCAUUCACCUUUAUCUUCACUCAUUUUACCUCGAGGUUGCAAGAGUAACUUUUUGGGAGCUUUAAAAAGUUGAGAGAAGAAAAAACAGAAACAUAUCUCUUAAUACAUAAAGAUUCAUUUUUGAUAUUGUAAAAUAUAUAAAGCAGGUCAAGGCAUGCUACUAUUUUACAUAAUGUUGAGGAACUGAGCAUCAUUUGCAUUUCGUUAUCUCACGUCUAAUGACAAUAAAACCGUGUAGGGCAUAGAUUAAUUUACAUACAUUUAAUAAAUCAAAAGCCAACAUUUCAGUGUUUUUUUUUGUUUGUUUUUUUUUUUUUAGCACAUAUUAACAAACUUUCAAGGCUCAGUUGAAUAUUUAGGUCUGUUGUUGCACAGGUCAUUAAAGAGGUUCCCGGUGAUGAAGUGGCUCACACGGCUGUGGCAGUGUCUCACUCUGGCAGGGUUGUCUUCACUGGGACUUCCAGUGGACCCAUCAGAGCCAUUAAAUACCCGUUACCUAUCCAGAAGGAAUGGAUCAUGUACCAGGCUCACUGUGGUCCUGUCACAAAGGUUGGUCAAAGACCUGAAAUGUACGGUGGCCCUGAGGUGCGAUAUACAACGGCAAAUAAGAAAACACAACGCAAAAAGAGAAAACACAACAUAAAAAGAGAAAACACAAAGAAAAAUAAGAAAAAAAACGAAAAAGAAAAAACACAAUACAGAAAGAAAACACAAUGGUUAAUGUCUUUGUGUUUUCUUAUUUGCCGUUGUGUUUUCUCUUUUUGUGUUGUGUUUUCUGGUUUACCAUUGCAUUUUGCACCUCAGGGCCACCGUACAAAUGCUCAUUGAGUUAAAUUUGUCAUGUCGGCAAUUGUAGAACUAAGUUCAUAACUUUGUGUGUCCUCAGAUGGCGAUCACAUUUGACGAGCAGCUCUUGCUGACCGUCUCUGAAGAUGGCUGCCUGCUGAUGUGGAAGAUAAUUGAUAAGGAGGGCCGUGGACUGAGAAGCAACAGGCAGAUCAUCCACACUGAAGAGAUCCUUGUUACCAAGUCAGACCUGGAGGAGAAGGUCCGUGUGUCUACCAUGGCAGCCAGUAGCUGUCUCUUAGUGGAAAUCUUAACUCUUUUUAUAGCUUGUUGACAGUAUUUUAAAAUAAAUAUAUCUCAUAUACUUGGAAGAGUUCAUCAGUAUGCACAAGUCCAAUACUUUGUUUUCUAGGCUAGAGUUUUGAGCCUAUCUCAUCAGGCACUGGGCUAAAAUACUGUUGCAUAUUCAGACAGAAAUAAAGGAAAAAGAGGCGGUUAGUCAUAAGGAACUGUUUAUCUGUCUAAACCAAGCAGUGACACAUUUUCAUGUCCACCCACAGAUACAUAUUUUAUCCAAAAUCUAAGUCAGUAUUCCCUUAUACCACGUUAUCUCAUCAUGUGAACAACUACUCAUUUUCUUUCAAGUGGUGUUUUUUUUUAUUGGAGCACUUUUUAUGCCUUUGUGAGAGGAAACAGGGAGGAUAAUAGGGAAUUACAUGGGUCAAAUUGGGGUUGAACUGUGCACUGCCACUCAAAGGGCUGUAGCCUCUGCACACGAUGCAUGCAGUUUAUUUGCUGAGUCAAAAAGGGAUCAAACCUGUAGUCUGGAUUUCUUUGCAUGGUGAAAGAAAUCCAGAUCACCCCUGAAAUUCCAUAAGAGUGAGCAUGUUUACUCCACUAUGAUCCAGGACCCUCCUGUGCCUACCAAGGGGGGCAUAAUGUAUGUGGAUCCAAACGUUUCAAAACAACCGGAGGAUCUGUUAAGCUGUGAAAAAUAAAAAAUAAAAUAAAAAAAAUAAUAAUAAUACAUUUUUGUAUUUGUUUUGUAACUUUUACUUUAAGUUCACUACAGUUUGUCUCAGAGAAGACGAAGAAAAAGAACUUUAUUGAUCCUUGAAGGGAAAUUCUGAGAGCUUGACAUUUAACAUGGACACAUAUUGGUGUAAUCCGAUAAGUUCAGUGCUGCUGUCUGUGCUGCAGAAUCAGAACAUGCUGGAGCUGAGGAUGCGCCUGGAGGAGCUGCAGAUGGAGAAUGAGUAUCAGCUCCGUCUGAAGGACAUCAACUAUAAUGAGAAGAUAAAGGAACUGAGUGACAAGUUCACCCAGCAAAUAGAGUCUCUGAAGACAAUUGAACAGGUUUGCUGCUCACCUACCAGACAGCUGCUGAGUCCAUAUAAACGAUGACCCUUUUUGCUAAUAUGUACUGUACCUUUAGGCCUUGAUGACAGAGAUGGAAAAGCAGAAACGUGAGCACCAGGAGAGUUCUGCAGAGGUCACUUUGAAUCACUCAAAAGAACUCACAGAUUUAGGUGAGAGAGGAACAUGAUAAUAUCCGAGGCAAUUCAGGAGCCGUGUAACUUAAUCGUCUGUCUGUCUGUCUUUCAUUAAAUUUUAAAGAGCUAUCCUGCAGCCAGAAGCUGAUUGUGGAGCACGAGAGGUCCCAGGAUCUUCAGCAGAACUAUGAAAGAAUGCAGGAAGACUAUGAGAAGCGACUGAAGGCUGCAGAAGAGAGCAAAACCAGAGUCCUGGAGGAGGUGACACAGCUCUAUGAGGCCAGGCUGCAAGACAAGACUCAGCUCCUGGCUCAGGUAAGUACAGGCAACAGGAGCUGCACAGGAAGUGGAAGAGCUCAGGUGACAACAUGAAUGGAGUAUAACUUUUUUUUGUCUCAUGCAGUGUCAGGAGGAAUCACAGGAGAAGGUCCGUCACUACAAAGAGGUGAUAAGGCAAAUAGAGGAGGAUCAGGAGAGGAUGAUCAACGGCAUCCAAAUCAAGUACGAGCGGAAAGUGCACACUGAGCAGGAAGCCAACAAAAAUCUCAAAGGAGAAACUGUUGGCAUUACACAAAGGGUGGGCAAUCUGAAUCUGAGGCGUACUCUCUCUUCAAUCUUUACCGAUAACUUUACCCAUGAUUGCAGCUCUUUUUAUGUCUUAUUUUGGCGGAUAUGCUCUCAGGUCUACAGUCUGCAGAGACAGGUCGAUGACAAGAACACAGAUAUAAACAAGAUGAAGCAGGAGCGCCAGAGCCUGAUGGGACUGAUCCGAUCACUGGAGAGUGACAUCGAGGAGCUCAAGAGGCAGAUUACCGGGCAUGAAAAAACCAACCAGGACAAGGUAGCUGGGAUCAGGGUGAUGUUAGUAGAUGUUAGUCAUGUUUAUUCAGCUACACACCUCUGCCUUUCAAACCUGUAUUCACUUUACCCUCAAAUAAAUAUGACAAGUCUCCCUCCUGAUUACAGGAUAAGACCAUCUCCAACUUGAAGAAGAAGAAUCAGGAACUGGAGAAAUUGAAGUUUGUUCUUGAUUUCCAGUUAGAUGAGUUAAAGAAACUGACUGAGCCACAACAAGAUGAAAUCAGUGAGAAAAAGAAGCGGAUCCAUCAGGUCUGUGUGUAAAGGACAAUGAGCAGGAGAAAAGGUUUCAAAUCAGUAGCACAGAAAACAGCCAGUUAAAACUCUGACAGCUGCAAUUUUAGCCUUGUGUCCAUGUUUUGAAGUAGUUUUACCUUUUAGUGUGGUUUCGCUUGCAAGUCUCAGAUAACAUAAAAAAAAAAAGAUGUUCUGAUCAUUAUGAAAACAUAAUGAAAUAUAAGGGUUUUCAAACAGACAGUGGAGUGUUGACAGUGACUUUCUGUUUUGACAGCUGGAGGAGGAUCUGAUGCAAAUUUUCAACAGCAACACUCAGCUGAAGCUCGUCGUCUCUGAACUGAGGCUCAAACUGAAGACCAGAGACAAAGAGAUGCAGAAAGAGACGCAGAAGGUAGUCUCCCUGUAGGAUUAUACAGUAUGGCUUUUACAACUCAGUGCAGAUUCAAGUGAGGCAUUGUACUGGACCUAUUCAAAAACUUUCGAGUCAUUUAGAUUCUGCAAUAUCUUACCAAAAAAAAGAGAAGAAAAUGUUAUACCUCAAUUCUCCUAAAGCGUCUUUUCUCUAACCAGUUAAAAGAUCUGGAGACACAUCUCCAACGGCUCAAGUCAGAUCUCCACAGCUGUGUUGGCUUCAUCCAGGAGCCCAAGAAACUGAAAGAAAGAGUGCAGAGCAUCUAUGCUCGCUAUGUUUCGCAAUCUGAUCGGGUAAGUAGUUCAUGUGGUGCUGACGAAGCUGAGAGUUUAUUGCACCAUUAGUAUCAUAUUGAUUUCUAUGUUAAGAGUUGAACUACAUACUUUCGGAAAAGCAUGUGUGUCCUGCUUUUAAGGUGGAAAAAGAGACUGUAAAUGAAGAUGUUUAUGGGGCCUUUGUUCGCCAUCGUGAUCACCUGGAGCAGACUGUUAGCAGCCUAAAGACAAGACUGGACAAAUCAGCUGAAGAUCACGAAAGAGUUUAUGACAAGAUCAUGAAGGUAAAUCAUAAAAUACAGAACACUGCAGAGACAGUUCAUCUGAAAGGUUUUCAGGGAUUUAAGACUGAGCCAAACACCAACAGCAGUCAGUAUUUCAGCUUCCCAUGAUUAAAGUGAACAGUUUUACUGAAGACAUGAUGUGUCUAUGAUGUCUGUGAAUGUUCUCUGAUCUGCAGGAAAAUGUGACUCUUGUUACUGAAAUCAAUGAACUGCGGCAGGAGCUACGUCGGGUGAGGAUUCAGCUCAAAGACUGCAAAGCAGAGCUGACCAUGAUCAAAAGGUCAAACAAGUCACGACCUAACUCAGUGGAUGGUCCCAAAAACUCCUCAUAGGAUCUUUAAGUAGAAUGAAUGUAUUCUUGAUGACAUCUCUGUGUUUUGACUUUUGUAGUUUCAGCUAAAACAAAAUAAAACAAAAACAGAAAUGAACACAAAUUAUGUAAUCAUUAAUCAUCAUGCUUUCUAUGAGUUUAACUUUUUUGGACAACUGUCUUGUAAUUCUGCUUGUUUGCUUUGGACAUCAUUGAAUAAAUGACUCUAACCAGCA